CACUGAUAGGCAGCACUAAUGAGGUGUCACGGAUAGGUGGCACUGAUAUGCGGCACUGAUAGGUGGCACUGAUAGGUGACACUGAUAAUGGGUACUGAUAGACAGCACUGAUAGGUGGCACUGACAUCACUGCUGGGCACUGACUGGCACAACCGCUGGGCACUGACUGGUGGCACUGACUGGCAGCACUGCUGGGCUGCACUGAUGGGCACAGGUGGGUGGCACUGGUGGGCACACGUGGGUGGCACUGGUGGGCACAGGUGGGUGGCACUACUGGGCACAGGUGGGCGCACUGCUGGGCACAGUUGGGUGCAUUGCUGGGCACAGGUGGGUGCAUUGCUG